CGUGAACCACCGCCGUGACAACGGCCACGCCGCGCUGCACGUGGGGGCGCUGUACAACCAGAAGGAGUGCCUGCACGUGCUGAUUUUGUAUGCGGGCGCGAACAUUAACCUCCCCAACUUCCGCGGCAAGACGGCGCUGUGCAUUGCGGCGGAGCAGAAUCACCGGCUGAGUGCGGAGUACCUGGUGAAAGCGAAAGCGAACGUGAACCUGCAAGACGUGGACGGGAACACGGCGAUGCACUUGGCGACGGCGAAGGGCCAUGUAGAG